GCCAUAAAGCAGAGGGUGAUGAAGAGACGAGAAGGGGACGCUGCGUCUGAUCUGAACAUGAAUAAACCUGUUUAGACUGUUUGUACCUGAACACACACACACACACACACACACACUCUGUCUGUCUGUCUGUCUGCGGCACACCUGCUGGGAGCACGGACAGCUGGACUCGAACAGGGUAAGAGUGUUUGAGCAGGACAGCUAAUGUGGCUAAUGAUGUUUACUGCUAAAGCGGAGCUAAGCUAACGAUGUAACCAGCUUACGGUUCCUCAGCUUGCUGAAGUUUCUCCCCAUAUCCCCUCAUCAUGGUGGAGUACUACCAGGUUUUAGGAGUACGGAGAGAUGCGUCUGCAGAUGACAUAAAGAAAGCGUACAGAAAGCUGGCCCUGAGGUGGCAUCCUGAUAAAAACCCAGAGAACAAAGAGGAGGCCGAGAAGAAGUUCAAGGAGCUGUCAGAGGCAUAUGAAGUCCUGUCAGACGCCAACAAGAGGAGCAUAUAUGAUCGCUACGGCAAAGAAGGACUUACAGGGAACAACGCAGGAAGAGGGGGUCAUUUCCACAAUGGAGAUCAUUUCCACGAACCAUUCACAUUCCGCAACCCAGAUGACGUCUUCAGGGAAUUCUUCGGUGGCAGAGACCCCUUUGCAGACUUUUUUGCUGCAGAUCCGUUUGGUGAUGAUCCGUUUUUCGGCAGUGGCCGGCGGCACCAAAACCGAGCAAAUCGCAACCGGACAAGUGGCUCGUUUUAUGGGGGCUUUGUUGGCUUUCCUCCAUUUGGUGCUGGCUUCUCACCUUUUGACCCAGGCUUUGGUUCUUUUGGCCCCAUGAGCACCAUGGGUCACAUGGGUCACAUGACAACCAUGGGCAGUCUGGGAGGUGGAGGCUUCACCUCUUUCUCUUCCACCUCCUUUGGGGGAGGAGGAGGUGGUGGUGGAGGAAGCAUGGGCAACUUCCGUUCCGUGUCCACUUCUACCAAGAUCAUCAACGGCAGGAAGAUCACGACUAAAAGGAUUGUGGAGAACGGUCAGGAGCGGGUGGAGGUGGAGGAAGAUGGGCAGCUGCGGUCAUUAACCAUUAACGGUAAGGAGCAGCUGCUGCGACUGGAACACAAGUAAAGACGGAUGAUCCUCUGCUGGAGAAGUGUUACCUCAGCACAAACCUACCAACAAACUUGAGCUCGACAAACAAUGAAUAAAAAAAAAACAAUGUAAUAAUAGCGCUCUACUGUUGUUUGGAUGUACAUACUUAGGUUCUGUUUAUUUCCCCUCGUGUCCUCUCCCUGCUGACUCAUCUGUUAACCUAUGAUUCAAAUCAGAGCAUUUGGAUGCAGACUUUUCUAUGCAUUUUGGUAAUGUAUUUCUGAAUUGGAGCUGUCCUUAUAUUUUGGCUCAGGGUGGUGGUGUUUCAGUGUUUGGGACCACAGUAUUGUUCUGAUGUAUAUGACCAGACCCCCCUCCCUUCUCUCCCUCUUCUAGUACUUUCUUUCUUCCUGUAUGCACUCCACUGUGUGUCUGCACAGAUUGUUCAGAAAACAAAGCAUGACUUUGCUUUUUCAUCUGACAAGUAAAAAGAAAAAAGAUGAAUGUUGAAUUUGAUUUUUAAAAGUGUAGAUAUAAUUGAAGCACCUCCCCCUCUCUUUACUGCUUGUCUAACCUCCUUUAGUUCCUUUUAAU